AAGCCAAGUCCUACUCCUACACCGCAACGCCUCCUCGCCUUCCCGUCCCCGUCUCUCUUCUUCUCUCUCCCCGACCCAUGUGAAAGGAGAGGUUGAGGAAGAGAAGAGAGCUCGGUCGUCCGUGUCGCCGGGCUCGUGCGCGGUGCCGGAACAGGUCGUCGUUGCCGAGUUGCCGGAGCCCGGAGGGGAAGAGGAGGAGGAGGAGGGAGGGAGGAGGUGGGCAUGGGCGUCGGCGAGGGGAAGCAGGGGAAGGGGCUGAUGGUGAAGGGCUGGGCGCAGAGGUACCUCAACCUGGGGUUCGUCGCCGGGUUCCUCCUCGUGCUGCUCACCUACAUCGUCGUCUCCCAGCAGUUCGCCAUCACCUCGCCCGAAGCUGUGAACACGAUGACGACGCCGCACCGGAAGCAGGCGAUCCAGGCUCCCGCCGCCGGCGAAGCAGGUUUAACGCAAGAGGCUCAAGGGGAGGAGACGCCGGAGGCCAAACCCCAAGACCAGCAGCAGCCGGAUGCGGAGCCGGAAUGGAAGCAGCCGAAAGACACGGUGGCGAAGGAGGAAGAGACCCCGAAGAGAGACGACACAGCUGCCAAGCCGAUCGACAACGGCAAAGUGGUGUGUACCACGGAGGGCCCCUUCUCCGACACGUGCGACGUCUUCGGCGAUGUCCGGACCAACGGCACGGCUCACACCGUCACCCUCGUGCCGGCGACCGAGACGGAGAGCCAGGAGUGGAAGAUUCAGCCCUACGCCCGCCGUGGCAUGUCCGGCAUCUCGGAGUUCACGGUGAUGCAGCUCGACUCGACCUCGGCGGCAUCCCCGGCGCCGGCGUGCACGGUGACGCAUCGCGUCCCGGCCAUCGUUUUCGCGCUCGGUGGGCUCACGGGCAACUACUUCCACGACUUCAGCGACGCGCUGGUGCCGCUGUUCGUGGCGUCGCGGCGGUAUGGCGGCGAGGUCCAGCUCCUGGCCAGCAACAUCCAGCCAUGGUGGCUCGGCAAGUACGAGGCCGUGGUGCGGAAGCUGUCCAAGUACGACGUCGUGGACCUCGACCACGACGAUCAGAUCCGGUGCUUCCCAAGCGUCACCGUCGGACUCCGCAUGCACAAGGAGUUCGACAUCACGCCGGAGCUGGUCCCCGGCGGCGUCCCCCUCUCCAUGGUCGACUUCACCGCCUUCCUCCGGGAGACCUACUCCCUCCCACGCGCCGCGCCCAUCAGCCUGAUGAAGGACAUCAGCCCGCCGGAGGACCAGGAGAAGAGGAAACCGCGGCUGAUGCUGCUCCACCGUGGCCAUUACCGGAAGUUGGUGAACGUGCCUGAGAUCGUGAAGGCGGCGGAGAAGGCCGGGUUCGAGGUGGCCAUAGCGGACCCGCGGUUCGACGUGCGGGUGGAGGAGCUGGCCCGGUCGGUGAACUCCUUCGACGUGCUGCUUGGCGUGCACGGCGCCGGGCUGACCAACGCCGUGUUCCUGCCCACGGCGGCGGUGGUGAUCCAGGUGGUGCCGUACGGGAACCUUGAGAGGAUGGCCAAGGUGGACUUCGGCGACCCAGUGGCGGACAUGGGGCUCCGGUACCUCGAGUACAGCAUCACGGCGGAGGAGAGCACGCUGCUGGAGAUGCUGGGGCCGGACCACCCCGUGAUCAAGGAUCCGGAGUCGGUGCACCGGAGCGGCUGGGACAAGGUCGCCGAGUACUACCUCGGUAAGCAGGACGUGCGCGUCGACGUGGACCGCUUUGCGCCCACGCUUGCGCUCGCCAUCGAACAUCUCCGACAAAAGUAGGAACUGCAUCGGCGACGGAGAAUUCAUUUUUCCUUGAAAAAGUUUCAGGGCAUUUUGCGGCCUCUGAGUUUGGCGGAGCAUACAUACAUAGAAGAAAUGUUGGUGUAUUGGUUGAUUUAUUUACCAUGAGUAAAUAGAAGGUUAAAGUUGUUUUG